AUAAAUAACGUAUGCUCAAUUUCCAGAGUGAGACCAGUUGGAUCCGUUGACAGAAACGUCAGAAAACCAACACUAUCCAAAUUUAAAGCGUAGUUUGUCGUACAAUCAUCAUGCGCGGACGCCCAGCUGCUGUUAUUUCAUAUAAUUAGUGAAUUGGAUAUCGUGCGACAAAUAGACAGACUGCAAUUUGGAUUUUGGCAAACAAAUCAGAACGCAACCCGAGGAACAGUAGCGAUUUCCACACACCACGUAACAUGUGCACACCAAUGCGUGCGUGCGUGUGAGUGAGUGUCAAAAAAAAAAAUAAGAAAAAGAAAAACAGAAAAAAUGACAGCAGAGACCAAAGCAACAAACGCAGAAGAAACUCAAACAACAUAGUACAUAGUAUUGGCAGCCAGCUGUGCGAGGUCGUGGGCCCCCUCCCGAAAAAAUCAACAAAAUUUUGAUAAAAUUUUCUGUUUUCUACCGUUUCUGGCCGAGAACAGGAUACCCAGCCGAAAUCGUUCUCAAAAUUUUUUUUGUUGACUUGUAACCAAUUUUGGAUUUUCGAUUGAAUCGAGCGUGUUAUGAACAUUCUAAAACCAGCCAAGCUCAAGUGCAUCGUCUUAAACCAACUGCGUCACACUUGGACGUUUCUAUUGUUCGUGGUUGAUCUGCUGCAGUGUAUUAUCCGAGCGCCACAGCCCACCACCAAUAACCAGGAGCCAGGACUUCAAUUUUUCAACAAUAACAAUAACAACAACAACAACGACCUGAUCAUGGACCAGGACUUGCCGGAGGAGGGUUUGGGCCAACCCGGGGACCAGCCCCCACAACCACAACAACAGCAGCAGCAACAACAACAACAGCAGCAGCAGGAACAGCAUAUGCAGGUGGAGGCACAGGAGGUAGUACCAUUUGAUCCAAGGGACUUUGUGGCCAGAAUUCAUGCCAUUGCUGGAGCAGCCGAACCAAUGGACGCAGCCAGCGACAUUGACGAGGAGGAGGAGGAAGAUGACGAGGAUGUGGAUGUGGACUAUGGCGAUACCGAUUCUGAUUCGGAGUUUGAGGAAAUGUACUCGGACGAGUCGACCAGCAGUGAUGAGCUGGAGGAGCAGAAGCAGCUCUCCAAGCAGAUUGAUGUCUUCCUCACGUCCGGCCAGCAUCCGUCAGAGCUGCAGGGACCGCUGCCGUCGAAGCCCCAAUAUGCCUUCCAACCGCUGCGCCUGGUCAAGUGCCAGUACAGAGAUAAGCACUUCCCCGGAGGAUUCCCGCUGGCGCGCAGUGGCCAUCGUAUAAUUGCCUCCAACUCGCAUCUGUACUCGCUGGGUGGCUACAAUCCUCGCAGCGCCCUGGUUGCCUCACGUCGCGGACGCUGCCUGCUGUUCCAGGAGCUGUGGAGCUUCAACUUUGCCACCAGCACCUGGAAGCUAGAACUGAAUGCGGACAAUGCCAGCAACAUGCCCGUGGAGCUGGCCUCCAAUGCGUUGACCAUUCACAAUAAUGUGCUGAUUUCACAUGGCGGCACUGGCUAUCCUUUUGGGGAAUCCUGUUCCAACGACUGCUAUGUCUACCGCACGGCUAGUGCUGGCGCGACUCCUGGCGUGGAACGCCUGAAGGUCACCGGCGAUCUGCCCACGGCCCAGUACGGUCCGGGAAUUGUGAUCCACAAGCACUACCUGUACACGAUUGGCGGCACCACAGGAUUCGAUUAUACGUGUGAUGUUUACCGCCUGGAUCUGCGCACCCGCAUCUGGGAGAAUGUGUAUAUUAGCCGUCCGGAAAUGCGUGACGACCCGGAUGGUCGCUAUCGCCACGAGGUCGUCUACGAUGGCAAGCACAUCUAUGUGCUGGGCGGAGGUACCUCCCAUUCGGUCUACGACCUGCAGCGCAUUCCUGCUUAUAAUCUGGAAGCGAAUUGCUGGGAUUACUUUGACACUCAACCGGAUCGCCGUGCUUUCGACUUGGAUGACGGUAACCGGGGCUAUCCCAGGCCACGCAAGUGCUUCUCCUGUGUCCAGCACCAGUCCUCCAAUGGUGACAUCGAGGCCUUCAUCACAGGCGGCUUACAGGGCGACUUUUCAACAUACUUCUCGGACAUCUGGAAGCUGAAUCUGCGCACCAAGCAAUGGUUCCGCAUCGUAACCGCCAGCUUGCCUCGCCCACUCUACUUCCAUUCUGCAGCUCACUCGGAUAAUGGGUGCAUGUACGUUUUCGGGGGCAUCGAGUACAAUGACAAGGAGAUGCGCCGUCGCAACGAUCUCUACAAGAUGUGGAUGACGGUGCCGAAGUUAAGCGAGAUGUGCUGGGAUGCCAUCACCUAUUAUAACGAUAACCUCGAUACGUACGACAGGAAGUCUCUGCUCGGAUCGGGAAUACCGAAGCGUUUUGUGGAUCGUCUGCCGCCCCAAAGACGGCGUCGAUUGGACAAAAAUAUGCCGGAUCCAUCGAUGAUGAUUUCGCUUUAUUCCAAUCCAAAACGUGCCCGCUCCACAACGCAUUAAGGGCCUGUGCUCCCACCUGGCACCCACCCCGAUCCGAAACCGAUCCCCAGAUGACCCAGAUAAUAAAGCGAGAAUCCGUGGCGGGGAGCGGUGCUUCCUCACCCCGAAUCAGUUUGAGUUACAGAACUUUA